UUUUUGAGCACCAGUGUUAGUAUCUGGAUGUUCAUGGCGUCCUUACCCCAGCUCAAAAUCAGCUGGACAGCAAUCCUGGCUCUGGCCUAUUUCACAUACCUGCUCGUGGGGGCUGCCAUUUUCCAAAUCCUGGAGAGAGAAGCGGAGAGUAAUAAUCGCCAUCACUUUCAGCUGGAGAAGUUACACUUUUUAACAAAUUACACCUGUCUGGAUGGACCAGCUUUGGAAAAGUUUGUUCAGGUGAUUUUGCAUGCCUGGGAAAAAGGAGUGAAUCCCUCUGGAAACUCCACCAACCCAAGUAACUGGGAUUAUAGCAGCUCCUUCUUCUUUGCAGGGACAGUAGUCACGACUAUUGGCUAUGGGAAUCUGUCCCCCAGCACAGUGUGUGGGCAGGUGUUCUGUGUAUUUUAUGCUCUCUUUGGGAUUCCUCUGAACCUGGCUUUUCUUAAACAACUGGGCAAGUGCCUCAUCAUCCAUUUGGGUCGACUGGAGAAGGGGAUGGUCUCAGUCGUCCCACACAAGCAGACAGUUGAGGUGCUGACAGUGAUCUUGUUUGUGCUUUCGGGCAGUCUACUGUUUUUGAUCAUCCCUCCACUCUUGUUCAGUUAUGUGGAAGGGUGGACAUUUGGAGAGGGCUUCUACUUUGCCUUCAUUACCCUCAGCACCAUUGGGUUUGGAGAUUAUGUUAUAGGCACUGACCCACACAAAGAGUACAUCUCUCUGUACAGAAGUUUGGCUGGGGUGUGGAUCAUUUUGGCCCUGGCAUGGCUCGCUCUAGUUCUCAACAUGGGAGCUAGAAUAAUGGAAUAUUUAGUCGUUUUCACACAUCCAGGAUUUAAAAGACAACAGGAAGAUGAGGAUGUGUCAUCGACUAAAUUAGAAGACAUUUCCAAGAUCUAAAGAGGACUGUAAAUGAAAGAACUAUCUAGUAUUAAUUUCUUUGUAG